GGGAGGUGUCUGUCUCUCUCUCUCUCCCUCUCUCUGUCAUUCAGCCCUCUGUGUGUCUGUGGAGUAUGUUCUCCCCGCUGCUGCUGCGCUGUUUUUCAUCCCCAGCUCCCUCUCUCUCCUGUUUUCCUGUUUCGCUUUUUUUUCCCCUUCGCUCCCCCAGUUAGUGUCAGCCCCUGCCCGUCCCAUCAGCAGCCCGGGGGCUGUAGCCGUGUGCGCUGCCUGGGGUGAGAGGGGGAGAGAGAGAGAGAAAUGACAGAAGAGAGGCAACCGAGGAGUGGAGCUCAUGUUUUCUUUACCCCUUGCCUUCUUCUUGUUUGAAACCAGACUCUUUUUCUGGUGUCUCCUGGGGGCUUGAUUGGUGGAGUGGGGGAUCAGAGCAGUGCCUCUCUGUGUUUGCUCUCUCUCUGUCCCUCUCUCUCUCUCUCUCUCCACACAGCGCACAGGUGUCAAGGUAAAGGGGCACCGUUGUCCCUCCCGCUACAGCCAGGGGUCGGAUUUCCGCUCAGUCCUCUCUAUCCUUUUUGCUCUUUCGGGUAUGCUCUUUUCACACCUGGGUUUGUGGGAUCGCAAAGGUCCCUGUGUGGUGACGGAGCUGAAGAGAGAAGGAGGGAGAGGGAUGAUCCGGUAAGACGGAAGACGCUCACUGCACUGCCAGGGAGCGGGAGGAGCAGGAAAGGGUGAGAGAGGGAGAGAACGAGAGAGAGAGAAAGAGAGAGAGAGAAAGAGAAAGGAGAGGAGGCAGAGUGCAAGUCCCUCCUGGAUGGCAGUUGUGCUUGCAAACGAGGAUUGACCGGCACUUGUGAGGAAAAUCUCCAGCCGAAUCUCUGUAAGUGACCAGGACUGGUCAGGAGAGGUACCAAACAGGUGACCCCGACAGCAGCAGAUUGGCACAGCCCGCGCUCUGACCGAUUUCUGACUGACUUUAUUCGGGGACUUGCGUACUGGAGAGGGGACUGGGAACGUGGCCGGAGCAGCCUUUUUUGCCUGCAAGUCACUGGAAGCCGAGCGCUGAGCAUCGGAUGUGGAACAUGUGGGAAUAGCAUCAUCUGCUGCAGGAGGAAGGAGCAGAGAAGCGAGCAGGGGUUCCAUUGAAGGGGGUUCCGCCGCUGCCUGUGGACGGACUGCUCUCGCCCUGCCAGCUGCGGCUGAGGAGCGCUCGCCUCGCGCCCACCUCGUUAUCACCGUUCCUUCCGCCAGCCGAUCGCUUCCUCCGCUUCCCGUUCGGUGCGCGGCCCAUGUGCUGGGGUGGGAGUACGGACCGGCGAUGGUGACCCGGGGGGAGUUUGCUGUGGCCGCUCCCGAGCUGCGCUCCCGCGGGCGUUGGUCCGGGCAGCACGGGGAGGGAAUGUGGAUGGCGGAGCGGCCGGCGGCGGCGGGUGUCCCGGCACUGGCGGGGAAGGAGUGGUGCUUCGAAAACGCAGUAGGGGUGGACUGCAGCUCCCCGGAGCCACGCUGCAUCUGGCUGGCGGUGCUGCGCGGGGUGCGCGUGGGCUCACCCCCGGGCCCGCCCGGCAGAGGAGCCCACAGGAGAGAGCGGCAGCACUGCUGGCAGCCCAGGGCAAAAGGGCGGAGAGAUGGGAUUUCAUCGUCCAAUGAGAACGCGCGGCCGGCGUCAGGCGAGGGAUUGGCCUGGCAGGGUCCUCGCACCGUGGUCCUGCACAAGAACUCGCAGGGCUUCGGGUUCACGCUGCGCCACUUCAUCGUGUACCCGCCUGAGUCCGCCCUACACACGAGCCUCAAGGAUGAAGAGAACGGGAAUGGGAAGGGAUGCCAGCGGGGUCGGCUUGAGCCGAUGGACACCAUCUUUGUGAAGAAUGUACGAGAAAGAGGCCCAGCCCACCAAGCUGGCUUAUGCACAGGGGACCGACUGGUGAAGGUGAAUGGGGAAAGUGUUCUGGGAAAGACGUACUCACAAGUGAUCGCCCUGAUCCAGAACAGUGAGAGUGUCCUGGAGCUCUCUAUCAUGCCAAAAGAUGAAGACGUGCUGCAGCUGGCAUACUCUCAGGAUGCCUACUUGAAGGGCAAUGAACCCUACACGGGGGGAGCCCAGAACCUGCCCGACCCGCCACCCAUCUCAUACCCACGCAGCAAGGCCCAGCAGCCUCCCGCCGCGCCGGUGCCCACGGGCCAGAACCAGCUGGACAACAGGAGCUGCUGGCCGGGCUCGUCCGUGCCGCCCUCCCCGCUGGACAACCGCUCUGGGGACGGCAGCGCAGCGGGCUGGCAAGAGGGGCGGGGCGUGGACCCCAGGGCAGGCGGCAGCGGCGCAAGCCCUGCCCACCGGUCCGGGGAGGUCAAGUAUGCAGCAGGCGCCGGUGGCCGGGCCCACUCCGCCUCGUCAGGGGGGGCCCUCGUCAGCCCUCUGCACUUCCACUUUGCCAACCACAAUGCCGCCAUCGUCUCGGCCUCUCAGCCCCAGCCGCACUCCGGCGGCCUCAGCAAGAGCGAGCGCUGCCAGCAGGCCCUGACGGACUGGUACUACAGCCAGGUGCCGGAGCGGACGGGCGGCGCCAUGCCCCCGCGCCACCGCUCCUACUCCCAGGACCGCCUCGCCGAGGUGGGGGCGGCGCUGGGGCACCACCGCGGGGGCUGGCCGCACAGUGCCUCCCAGGACACCCUGCUGCUGCAGCAUGGCUCUGCUCCUCAAGGUGACCCGUACUGGGCCGGGGGAUGGGGUACCCCGUACGGCCAGGCCUCCAACCGGGCCCGCUCGGAGAACCUUUUGGCCACCGCCUAUGACCGCUGCGGACGCUCAAACGAGACUCUGGACCAGGCGGCGGCGCUGGUCUCUCCCCGGUUUGAGAGGCCAGCGUGGCUUUUGCAGGCCCAGCAGGCCCCACCUAGAACUGAGGGCCAGCAGAGGCCGGGGAAUCACUGCGGCGGCACAUCGGCACCCUCUGCUGGCAGGCAGGCGCAGGCACAGCAGCAGCAGGCGGCCUCACACUCCCAGUCGGCCGCCCAGCCCAGGCGGCUCCCCACACAGGCCAUGGACGAGCAGCCAGUGGGCUACCGUAGCUACAGCCCCUCCUUCUACCGCAAGGCGGGCCGCCUGAUGCAGGCGCACUCCUUCAGGGACCCUACAUAUUCAGGACCGCACUUCUCCUGGACACCCACUCCAAAAACCAGUCCCCCAGACAGCGUCUCUGCCGCCACCUCCAUACCCUGCUCCUCCUCGCCCCCUGCCACCACGCCUGAGCCCCAGAACGGAGCCUGCCGACAGUCCAGCCACGAGAGGGUGGGGGAGGAGCGGGAGGCGGUAGCCCAAACUCAGGAGGUGGUGCUGAGGCAAAAGCCGCCCACAGGCAGACGUACCUCCCACGCGCUGCGGCACCCCCACUACGCCCUGCCCAUUGAUGCUGCCGAGCCGCCCGGGUUCCCCGCCGAGUCCCACGACUCGGCCCCAGGCCCCACCCCAGCCCCAGCCCCCGCCCCCGCUGCACCGCGCCAGGGGGGCGCCUCCCGCCGUGCCAAUGGCAGCCUACCACCCCUGCCCGUGGAGGAUGACUCACUGGCCUCCAUCCCUUUCAUAGAUGAGCCAACGAGUCCCAGCGCCGACCUGCGUGCCCGCCACGUGCCUGCCUCCUCAGUGGUGUCCAGCGCCAUGAGCUCCGCGCCCGCCGUCACCACCAGCCCCGCCUCCCCCACCUUCACCUUCCCCCUCACCAGGCUCUUCUCCCACGACUGCAGCAGUAUCAAGGCUAGCCGCCGCUCCUCCUACCUGCUUGCCAUCACCACCGAGCGCUCCAAGUCAUGUGACGAGGGCCUCAACACUUUCCGUGAGGAAGGCCGUGUAUUCUCGAGACUACCAAAAAGAGUCAAAAGCUUUUUCACAGAUGGGUCCCUGGACAGCUUGGGGUCGGCAGAGGACACUCGCUCCAAGCGCCACUCCACCUCGGAGCUGGGCAACCUGUCCUUCAGCGACGUGCGGAGGGAGGGCUGGCUGCACUACAAACAGAUCCUCACAGAGAAGGGCAAGAAGGUGGGCGGCGGCAUCCGCCCGUGGAAGCGCGUCUUUUCCGUGCUGCGCUCGCACUCGCUCUUCCUCUACAAGGACAAGCGGGAGGCGGUCAUGCACAGCGCGGCGGUGGCAGGGGGCGGGGCCGGGGGCGGGGCCGGCCACGGCGAGGACGAGCAGCCAAUCAGCAUCCGCGGCUGCCUGGUGGACAUCGCCUACAGCGAGACCAAGCGCAAGCACGCGCUACGCCUCACCACGCAGGACUUCUGCGAGUACCUGCUGCAGGCGGAGGAUCGCGACGACAUGCUGGGCUGGAUCAAGGUCAUCCGUGAGAACAGCAAGACGGACAGCGAGGAUUUGGGCUUCUCUCGGCAGGCGCUCAUCAAUAAGAAGCUGAACGAUUACAGGAAGCACAGUCCAACGGGCAGUAAGCCAGACUCCUCCCCCAGGGUGCCCCGCAUGAAGCCGCCCUUCCUUCUGGCCAAGACGGACAACACUGCAGGGGCGCCCCGCUCUCCCAAACCCGACGGCAAGGACGAGAGCAGCCCACCCAAGUCACCGUGGGGUAUCAACAUCAUGAAGAAGUCCAAGAAGUCGGGGCCCAAGGCCUUUGGUGUGCGGCUGGAGGACUGUCAGCCCUCUGUCAGCAAUAAGUUCAUCCCUCUGAUUGUGGAGAUCUGCUGCGGGCUGGUGGAGGACAUGGGUCUGGAGUACACAGGAAUCUACAGGGUCCCGGGGAACAACGCCGUGGUGUCCAGCCUCCAGGACCAGCUCAACAAGGGCGUCGAUAUCAACCCCACCGAGGAGAAGUGGCAAGACCUGAACGUGAUCAGUAGCCUACUCAAAUCCUUCUUCAGGAAACUUCCGGAACCCCUCUUCACUGAUGACAAAUACAACGACUUCAUUGAUGCCAAUAGAAUGGAGGAUGCCAGGGACAGGCUGAAGACCAUGAAGAAGCUGAUCCAUGACUUGCCUGACCAUUACUACCACACCCUGAAGUUCCUGGUGGGCCACCUAAAGACGGUUGCAGAUCAUGCAGAUAAGAAUAAGAUGGAGCCCCGUAACCUGGCCCUGGUCUUCGGCCCCACGCUCGUGCGCACAUCGGAGGACAACAUGACCGACAUGGUGACCCACAUGCCCGACCGCUACAAGAUUGUGGAGACGCUCAUUCAACACCAUGCCUGGUUCUUCAACGAAGGGCUGGACAAAGAUGAGAAGACACCGGUGGAAACAGGGGACCUGCAGCCUGUCCCCAACAUCGACCACCUGCUGUCGAACAUCGGACGCACGGCCCUGCUGGGGGAGGCCUCAGACUCAACCAACAGCGACUCAGCUAAAUCCAAGGACUCAUGGGGAUCGAAGCGGGAUCUUAAUGCCAAGGACUUCCUCUCGCUGUCCAUCAUAUCUGCCGUCACCCGCAAGCGCAAGAAGCGCCCUAAUGCCCGCCUCCUGGGCAGCAGCACAGAUGAGGACUCGGAGCAUGAGCCAAUCAAAGCCAGCAACAGGGGUGGGCGGGGCCCAGAAAGGGGAAAGUUAGAGGGGGCCGUGGGGACGGGGGGAGGAGACACCGCGCCCAGAGCAGAGGGCGAGGAGGACGAUGAAGAGGAGGAAGAGGAAGAGGAGGACGGGAGAGCGACAGUGGAGGUGGAGGGACAGCCUCACAGCAGGCUGUGUGAGGAGGAGAUAGAGGAGGGAGUCACCGUGGGGAUGCUGGCAGGAGAGGGCGGGGUCGGGGUGAAAGUGCGGGCGUGGCGGGGCCCAGAGGAUGCACGCUCCAUCGUGUCGGGGUACUCUACCCUCUCCACCCUGGGCCGCAGUCUGGCCUCUGAGGGGCGCGGCGACGAGGCGGACGACGAGCACAGCGAGCUGGUGAGCGAGACGGACAACGAGAGCGGCUUCGCCUCGCGCUCGCUCACCCAGGAGAGGCCAGAGAAGCCGGCCCAGCCCCCACGCAGCUUCCUGUACUCGCACUGUAAGGCGCCCGCCCCACCUGGUGCCUCCCCCACUCGCAGGUCGCCCCUGCCGACCGUCGAUGCGGGCGACAGGGGCGAGGGCAGGGCACGCUCCACCACCCCCUCGUCCUCCUCCUUCUCUUCCUCCUCCGCCCCGCACAGGCUGCACAGCCGGCCCUCCUUCAACUCCCACAAGCUCAUCCAGUGCGACACGCUGGCGCGCAAGAAGCUGAAGGGCGAGAAGGCCAAGGCGCGCUCCCUGGACCUGCAGCUGGAGCUGGGCCCAAGCAGCGAGGACGGGGGGGUGGACACGGCACCAGCGGGGGAGGGGCCUCGAACCGGUCAGCCGGGGUCUCAAGGCGGACGGGCGGGUGCCCCGAGAGCCAAAGCCUCAUCAAGUAGCAGUCAGGACAGCCUGCACCCGGCCCCUGCCUCGGCCCCGCUCCCCUCUCCCCCACCCCCUGGGGAAAAUGAGGCUGCCUCCUUCUCUCCUGGCGGAGAUGGGCGGGGCUCGUUGGUGGAGCAGGUGCGGGCUCGCCUCAUGACCUCGGCUGACGACAUGCGGGCCGUGGGGCUGCGCAAGCCGGUCUCGCCGGAGACGCGCCGCAAGAAGAGCACAUGGCGUCGCCACACUGUGGUGGUCAGCCUGGGCGGGCUGAGUGACGCUGUAGCCGCCCCCGCCGACGUCAUGCCCGGUUGCGCUUCCCCGCCUGCGGAGCCUCUCACCGCCAAAUCCAGGGGCGCCCCCCUGAAUUCGGAGCUUGCCUCCCCCCCUGCACGGCACAUCCCGGCCUCCACGUUCCACCAGUGCUUGUAG